AUGGUUACACUCACCUUUCGACCCCUCGUACUUUGUCGACGAUCCUUGGCUCGGUCUCCAACACGACGCUCGAUCACCACCAAAGCUCACGAUCAGUAUUCUGUCUAUAUUCAUUGGCCUUAUUGCGAAAGCAAGUGUACCUAUUGCAACUUUAACAAGUAUGUGAACCCUUCACAACCACCCGUCGAACGCCUGACAGAUGCAUUGGUGCGUGAGCUUCGCUUUUACUUGGAUGAGCCUCGAUUUGGAUUACGGGAUAAGCGCGUGGCAUCAGUCUACUUCGGUGGCGGAACACCCAGCCUUGCUAGUCCCAAGACCAUCGAACGUAUAUUGGAUACCUUGCAGAUACCAAGUGAUGUCGAAGUUACAUUGGAAGCGAAUCCAACGUCAGCUGAGUCUGAGCGAUUACAAUCUUUUCGCCAUGUCGGCAUCAAUCGGCUUUCCCUUGGUAUUCAAUCCUUUAAUGAUCGUGAUCUCAAGAUACUUGGUCGUGAUCACUCAGCAGCGAGUGCUUUCAACAUUAUCAACAAAGCAAAGCGUAUGUUCGACAAGGUGACAUUUGACAUGAUCUUUGCAAGACCUGGACAAUCGAUACGUGAUUGGGAACUGGAACUCAAGCAAGCAUUGGAUCUCGCAGGUGAUCAUUUAUCCAUAUACCAGCUUUCCCUGGAACGAGGCACACCGUUGUGGAAAGCUUCAACAAAAAGACAAUUGCCUCCCGUAGCAAGCUCAGAGGAAGCAGCCGACAUGUACGACAUGACUGUGGAAGAAGCUGCAGUCCAUGGAUUUUCACAUUACGAGGUCUCAAGUUAUGCAAGGGCAAGGCAAGCCAUGAGCAAGCACAACUUUUCGUAUUGGCAGGGUAUGGAUUAUCUAGGCAUAGGACCAGGUGCGCACGGACGCUUGACCGAUAUCCAGAAUCAUCAACGUAUACGUACUUUUGGUGAAUUUCAUCCCGACAAGUACAUGGCACUCUGUGAAAGUGAAGGAGAAGGUAUUCGUAAAUGGACACCUAUAUCGUCAAGAGAUGUACAGGAGGAACUUUUUGUAUUUGGACUUCGCACUCGUAUGGGCAUCCCGCGGUCUCGGUUCGAAGAAAUGACAGGCAACACGCUAGAACAAGUGGUGAAUCAAGACAUGUUAUCUCUGUAUGUUGAUGCUGGUCUAUUAUUGGUGGACAAUGACGAGGAUUUGGAACGCUAUGUGCCUGAGCAUUUACAGCAUGAAUGGAUGCGUGGUGGAAUACGACCCACAGAAAGAGGGCUCGCGGUGAUGGAUACUUUGUUGCCGAACCUGCUGUCACUUUUGGAAGAAGACAACAAGCCAUGA